CUACGAUACCAAUAAUUUCAUAGUUCCUUCCGGGCCUUUUCUAAUACAUGAUCACGAAAUCACUGACCUGUUAAAUAAAGUGUUACCAGUACUUACUUUCUUAUUAAUAGCAAACCUCCAAAACUGAUUAUUAUUGCUGUGUUUUUACAGUCUUCAUAUCACAGGUAUUCUAAAGACUUUCCUCCGAUGCCCGUCUCUUGCUGAUAUAAAAUUUCCAAUUUCAAAAUAAAAGCCUUGUUAAGGAAAGUAUUUUUGGCGAUUUUACGACGUCGCGUGUCGUAUCGGUUUACGGCAACAUGGCAGCCUGCUGGCUCGAGCUGUGAUUCCUUCGGAGACUCUUGAACCUCAUCAUGAAGCCGGAGACCGACGGCACGAGACCCGGGGGUCGGUAACGGAGGGCGCGGGGAGGUGACGACGAUGAUGUGUUUUCGGAGGAUUGCAAAUGUCCGCUGCCUGGUGUCCGCGCGGUGUGCGGGGGUGUGUUGGCUCGAGCCAGCGUCAUGGCGGCACAGACAGGGACCUGUCACCGAGUGCGCGAGGCUGAGGCGGUCCCAGGUCGCGUGGCUCUUGAGACUCAAAGGGACGGACACCCGCGUCGCGUGCUGGAGUGGGAUCCUCCAACAGGUAAAACCGACCGCCUGGCACGAGCAAGGAGCCGUGCCCCUGUACCGGGGAGGUCACGGGAGGUCGGCGGCAAGCUUCCGGUCUCCGUUGGCCCAUAGAGCCCGCGGGCUUUGCAGCGGAAAGCCCAAGGAGACGCCGGACACCCCACCGGCAGCGGACGGCACUGAGGCCAGCGCGGUCCCGGGACAGGGACUGUUCAAGUUCAAAGAGCUGUACGAGAACCCAUGGACAAUCCCCAACCUGCUGUGUGUGUGUCGGAUUAUGCUCGCUCCGUUCCUGGGUCACCUGAUCAUCCAGCAGCACUUUCACCUCAGUCUGGCUCUGUUUACACUGGCUGGAGCUACUGACCUGUUGGAUGGUUACAUUGCCAGAACGUGGCCUACUCAGAAGUCGGCGUUGGGCAGUGCUCUCGACCCACUGGCUGAUAAAAUUCUCGUCAGUAUUCUAUACGUCAGUCUCACCUAUGCUGAACUCAUACCAGCGCCACUGACGGCUCUAGUGAUUUUCAGAGACAUCGGUUUGAUAGCUGCCGUCUUCUGGAUCAGAUACAAGACCGUGCCUCCACCGGUGACGCUUGGUAAAUUUUUUAACCCCUGCUACACCACAGCUCAGCUCAAGCCCACACUUUUCAGCAAGGUGAACACAGCCAUCCAGCUCUUUCUGGUCGCGGCUUCUCUGGCUGCUCCGGUCUUCCAGUAUACAGACAGCGUCCUGCUGCAGUGCAUAUGGUAUGUAACAGCGGUGACAACGGCAGCGUCGGGCUAUAGUUACUGGCACUACGGCCGCAAGACUGUCCAGGUGCUGAACACCAGGUCACCAUGACAGCCACACCGGGAAAGUCCCGCAAGGCGGAACAAACGCAGCCGACGGUCGCCGCAGAGACUCUGAUUAGCCGCGGCGAAAGUCAGGCAGACAGAUGGACGAUCCCCGGGAGCGCCGAAACCGAGUAUCUGUGACAGCCGUCGAUGAGUUCGCCAUGGCAGUGACGCACGAAAAUCAACCGAGGCCGCAGAUAGUUUACCGCAAAUACACUACAGGGAUGCCCGGCAGCAGCUCUGCCACUGGACCAGCUGUGGACGAGAGACACAUGCACAGAUAGAAACGGCAAACGCAAAUACAAACCAUCCACCCACACACACACACACACACAUACACACACACGUCAAGUAUAUGUCAACUGAUCUGGCAAGAGCUUCUAUUUUUUUUCUUAGUUUUUCAAUCCCGAGGUUGUGAUGUCAACCUAAUUAGUGUCAAGUGAGCGUCAGUUUUGUAAAUCAAUGAUUUAUGAUUAAAAUCGAAAAUCUGCUUUG